UAAAAUCAUCAGUAUUUGAGGACUGCAAGAAAGAAGAAGAAUGGAAGGUAAUGCUUUUGGAUGAUUAUACUACUAAAUUACUGUCACAGUGCUGCAAAAUGACUGAUCUGCUGGCAGAGGGUAUCACAGUGGUGGAGAAUGUAUAUAAAAACCGCGAGCCUGUCCCACACAUGAAAGCAAUAUAUUUCAUAACUCCCACCAAAAAGUCUGUAGAUGGACUUAUUGAUGACUUUAUCACUAAAUCAUCCAGCAGAUAUAAAGCAGCAUAUGUGUAUUUCACUGACUUUUGUCCUGACAACCUCUUCAAUAAAAUUAAGUUGUCUUGUGCAAAAUCAAUAAGGAGAUGCAAGGAGAUCAACAUUUCCUUCUUCCCAUAUGAGUCUCAGGUAUUUACUCUCAAUGUCCCAGAUGCAUUCUACCGCUGUUAUAGUCCAACUCUGGAAAAGACGAAGGAUAAAGACGCUGUAAUGCAAGUAAUGGCUGAACAAAUCGUUACUUUAUGUGCCACGCUGGAUGAGAACCCAGGAGUACGAUAUAAAAGUGGACCAUCUGAUAAAGCCUGCAAACUUGCACAGCUGGUUGAAAAAAAUCUUGAGAACUACUACAAAACUGAUGAGCAAAGCCAAAUAAAGGCUAAAACCCAUUCCCAACUAAUAAUAAUUGAUCGUGGCUUUGACCCAGUGUCAACUGUCCUUCAUGAGCUCACCUUCCAGGCAAUGGCAUAUGAUCUGCUACCAAUUGAAAAUGAUACUUACAAAUACAAAACAGAAGGGAAGGAACGGGAGGCAAUUCUGGAGGAAGAUGAUGAGCUCUGGGUGAAGAUUCGGCACAAGCAUAUUGCAGAUGUGAUAGAGGAAAUACCAAAACUUUUUAAAGAAGUUUCAUCAAAAAGAAAAGCAGCAGAAGGAAAAGUAUCAAUAUCUGCUCUGGCCCAGUUAAUGAAAAAGAUGCCGCUUUAUCGUAAAGAGAUUAGUAGGCAAGUUAUUCAUCUUAACUUAGCAGAAGAUUGCAUGAGCAAGUUCAAAUCCAACAUAGAAAGGCUCUGUAAAACUGAACAGGACUUGGCUCUUGGAACUGAUGUAGAAGGUCAAAAAGUGAAAGACUCAAUGAGAGUCCUCCUUCCAGUUCUGCUCAACAAAAGUCAUGAGAGCUAUGAUAAAAUUAGAGCUAUUCUUCUGUACAUCUUUAGCACUAAUGGAACUACCCAGGAGAACUUGGACAAGCUGAUCCAGAAUGUUCAAAUAGAAAGUGAUAGUGAUAUGAUAAGAAAUUGGAAAUACCUUGGCGUUCCUGUUAUUGCCUCAUCUGCUGCUCAGCAGCAUAAAUACCCAAGGAGGGACCGUUCUUCAGAAGAAACUUACCAACUUUCUAGGUGGACGCCUGUCAUUAAAGAUGUUAUGGAGGAUGCAAUAGAAAACAAACUAGAUUCAAAAGACUGGCCUUAUUGUUCCCAGUGUCCUCCUACCUGGAAUGGUUCAGGAGCAGUGAGUGCACGCCAGAAACCUAAGGGUAGUUAUAAAGACGAGCGAAAGAGUAGUGCAAGACUGAUUAUAUUUGUGAUUGGAGGAAUUACAUAUUCUGAGAUGCGCAGUGCUUAUGAAGUUUCUCAAGCCUACAAGUCUUGCGAGGUUGUUAUUGGUUCUACUCAUAUUUUGACACCUAAAAGACUACUGGAUGAAGUCAAGAGCCUUGGUAAACACAAGGAUAUGGUCUGCAUUAAGGAUGAAUAGAAGUGGUGAUGUUAAUGAUGCAUUAGGAAAAGACAAAUAGUAUGUACAUAUUAUUACGGAACUGAGUUUUCUUAAUACCGUACCAGGACACUACAUGAUUCUGACUAAUGG